AUGAAUCUGGAAGAGCCUUAUUAUCAAGAGAUGGAGGCCGGGGGCGCGGGUGGUACUGUGGCUUCAAGAACCCAAGAUUUGACCCGACAGCUCGGGUCAGCCUCAAACUCGAGUCGCAGACGUCACAUCGAGCGAGUUGGGCCAAACCAACUUCCCCUUGGGUCCCUGACACCGCAAAAUACAAGCACAAUACGCGCUAGAACAGGCGGAUAUGAGAUGCUGACCGGUUGGGGUGAACCUGGGUGGGCUUCUGCAGGGUGCGCCUCUUCUUCGUUACCUGGGCCAAUCAUCCGCUGUGGGGUUCAAGAAUACCUCUCCAACCCACCUCCCGAUUCGCGGAGGCCGUUCUUCAGCACCGGCGCCAGAGCAGGAGGGGACUUCUUCACAAUGGGCAAUCGCCGUUCAGAACCAUAA